AAUCACAUCCCUCAUUCAAUGUGUACAUGUUGUUGUGCCACACACCUUGGCUACCUAGCUCGUCGCGACUUGUUCUAACCAGCUAGCUCUGCAAAGCGCAAGACUUCUCUUUCCAUCCAUCCAUCCAUCCAUCUCGAUCUUUCUCUCUCAUAUGAGCAGCAGAGCAGAUGAUGAGCUCCUCCUCCGGUAUUAAGCAAGAAGGGCCCAAGCUGUUCAGCUCGAGGAGGAUCCUCGCAAGGGACCGCUCGAGCGUGGCCGUGGCCGACGCGUCCUUCCGGGUAUACUACAGUCUCGGCGCCGGCACCGUGCCGUUCCUGUGGGAGUCCAAGCCAGGCACGCCCAAGAGCUCCGUCACCCCGCCGGCGCCGGCCUCGUCGACCGCCGGCGCCGUGCCGGUGCCGCCGAUCUCGCCGCCGCCGUCCUACCAGCAGGCGGUGUCCCGGUCCAAGGCCAACAAGUUCGCGAGGAAGCAGAGGCCAGCAAGAACCUCUUGGCCUCCCGCAGGUUGGAUCAUCGGCUGGCUGAGCCUGAACGUCAGGCGGCGGUCACCGCCGUCGUCGUCGCCGACGGAUCACCAGCAGCGCUGCGUCGCCCGGAACGAACAUGGUGUCGUUGUCGUCGACGGCGACGACGAGCGGCGGUCGCCGCGUUCUUCCACCUUGUGCUUCUGAUCGGAUUCUGAUGAGCUGCCCCGGCCGGAUCGGACGUACCGGUGGAUUACUGGAUUAUUAGCUGUUGCACUACGUGCGGUGUUCAUUGGGUGUUGUUGAUUAGUUAGUUGUUGCACAGUGCAGGAUCGCUCGUCGGUGUGGUACGUACGUGUUUGUUAAUGUUCUAUAAUAGGUCGUUGGACUCUUUCCCUUUCCAGUGUCGUUCAGCUUUAUUUGCAUAUAGAUCAUCUAGGGGUUCGGUUUUUUUUAUAUGAAUAAGUGGCUAUAUAUAUGUGCAUGCAUCAUUACUGUGUGUUGUGUUCUGUGCAUUUAUGCACAAUAUAGAAAACUCAAAGAAAUGUAUUAAUUUAUGCUUCUUCAAACU